AUGCGACCACCUGCGCUCCGACUGCUGCCGCGCCGCCCCAUCCCCCGAGCACUCGCAACUUCGCUCCAGUCGCAGAGUCCCCAAUUCCCGGGGAUCCGACGCCAAAUGAGCUCUCCCACUGGCAAGAAGACCUCCGUCCCGCAUGUAGUGCGCACCGCAGCCGAGCCGCGACAGAACCGGCUAUACAACGUCCGGCUGUCGUACAUCGAGCAGGCCAAUCCCACCGUGCGACUCCUCCACUUGACUCUGCCGCCCCAGGUUCAAAGCCUUGAAAGCCACGAAGACCCGGAGUCCGACCAACCUGAACCAUUCACCUUCCUCCCGGGUCAAUGGCUGGAUGUACACAUCCCCUCCGUAUCAGUCGCAGGCGGUUUCAGUAUCACCUCCACGCCAGCAGACGCUGAAGCGCUCCCGUCGCUACAGCCAGCGCCGGAAUCGCUGGCGGUCGAUGACGAGGAGACUGGCCUGCCACCGCUGGAUCCACGCGGAAGAACGCCGUACGUCGAGCUGGCCGUACAACACGCCCCAUCGAAUCCUGCUAGUGCCUGGCUCUGGCGCCCCAAGGAGGAGAUCCUGGGGAAGGAGUUGAGUAUCCGUGUCGGCGGUAGUCUGGUGUGGCCUCCAUCCGGCGUCAACCUCGGGGAAAUCCGCAAUGUAGUCUUCAUUGCCGGGGGGAUGGGAAUCAAGUAG